CACACACACACACACACACACACACACACACACAGCCGUGAAUGGAGCAGUAACAGCUGCUACUGAAUCAUGGAGAGCAGCGCGCAGAGCUCGCCUCUCUCUUCAUGGAGUGAAUGUUUUGUAACUAAGCGGAUCCGCAUGUUGGUCCCUGUUGGUUUCAAGACCGAAAUAAAAGAGUUGUCUAAACUGUCCGGACCAGUGAUUAUGGCCCAGCUCAUGGUGUUUGCAGUGAGCUUUGUCAGCACUGUUUUCUGUGGCCAUCUGGGGAAGACGGAGCUGGCAGCAGUGUCUUUGGCGAUAGCAGUUAUUAAUGUCACAGGUAUAUCUAUUGGAGUGGGUUUGGCUUCAGCGUGUGAUACUCUGAUUUCUCAGACUUUUGGGGGCAAUAACCUCAUGAGAGUUGGGGUGAUCAUACAGCGGGCGAUCCUCAUCUUGUUACUGGCGUGUUUCCCCUGUUGGGCGAUCCUCGUGAACACAGAACCCAUCCUGUUGGCUGUCAGACAGGAGCCAGAGGUGGCCAGUUUGUCUCAGAUGUACGUGAAUAUCUUUAUGCCAGCACUUCCUGCUACAUUCAUGUAUUCAUUACAAACAAGAUAUCUGCAAAACCAGGGCAUCAUAUGGCCGCAGGUAAUCACAGGCUUCAUGGUCAAUCUUCUUAACGCUCUCAUCAACUACAUCUUCCUUUACGUAUUAAAUCUGGGAGUAGCAGGUUCUGCUGUGGCCAACAACAUUUCCCAGUUCUCCAUGGCUGCAGUUCUCUAUUCUUAUAUCAUGUGGAAAGGUCUUCACAAGGCCACCUGGGGAGGCUGGUCUAAAGAGUGCCUGCAGGACUGGAGCUCAUACAUCAACUUGGCCAUCCCCAGCAUGGUCAUGAUGUGUGUUGAGUGGUGGACGUAUGAGAUUGGAGGCUUUCUAGCAGGUCUAAUAAGUGAGGUGGAGCUUGGAGCUCAAUCGGUUGUAUAUGGACUGUCUACUAUUGCAUACAUGUUCCCUAUGGGUUUCAGUAUAGCAGGUAAUGUAAGAGUUGGAAACGCCUUGGGAGCCGGAGACACGGAGCAGGCUAAGCUGUCCGCUAAACUAACUAUGUUCUGUGCAGUGUCGGUCUCUAUAUGUUUGUCCGCUCUCAUUGGGAGCCUGAAGGACCAUAUCUCUUAUGUCUUUACAUAUGACAAACAAAUACGGGAAAGGGUUGCUGAUAUCAUGCUUUUAUAUGCACCAUUCAUCCUCCUGGAUGCAAUAUCAGCAGCCUCGGGAGGCAUUAUAAGAGGAGCUGGUAAACAGAGGAUUGGGGCUAUUUGCAACAUUUUUGGGUUUUAUGGUGUUGGUUUUCCCAUUGGAGUGACACUGAUGUUUGCUGCCAAAAUGGGAAUCAAGGGUCUGUGGAUAGGCUUGUUUACCUGUGUGGCUCUGCAGUCGUCAUUCUUAAUUUUCUACCUGGUAAGAAUGGACUGGAUGAAAGCUAAAGUCGAGGCUCAAAUCAGAGCGGGAGUGUGUGCGAGCUCCACAGACAGAAGUCCCCAACCAGAUGAUCCAGGGAACUCACCAGGGCAAAAAGACACCAUUGACCUGGUUCAGACUGAGGCGGAACCAGCAGUACAAACAGUGCGGAUGUUCUCUCACAGGACUCUGGUUCUGCGUAGAGGCCUGACUCUGGCUGUCAUGCUUUUAAUCCUGGCUGCUGGAAUCAUUCUUAACCUGCUGAUCACUAACUUGUUUAAAUGAACAUGAGCAAAGGCAGAUGUUUGCAUUGCAGGAUGUCAAAGCAGGACGUGCAGAAGGAAGGCACACGUGCAGAUGGACAGUACACAGAGUGAGAAAUUGUGUAUGAUCAAUGAAUUAAUGUCAAACCAAUAAUUCACAAGAUGUCCCAGUGAAUCUGCAGUGUUUGUCUCACAACCACAUUCUGUCAAAGAGAAUGAGUCAAACUAAAGACAGUUUGACAACCUUUGUAUUUAAUGCAUUAAAUAGAAACAUUGUGGUUAUCUUGAAUUCUUAAAGGAACAACAAUAUAUUUACUGUAUUAAAUCAUAAAAAGACCAUUUCCACCAAUCUUGGAAAUGCGUUUGAGAGAUGGAGACAGCUCAGAGGAUUCUAAGGCGGUGGCCUUUUUUCCUCCUAAACAGUGAGCGUUGAGCUUCAACUAAGGUUAGUGAACCUUAACUAAUUUAUCACGUCUAGUGGUCGGAAUACUUUACAGAUUUUCAUUCAACCGGCUCUGUGUCAUCCCUGUGUUGCGAGCGGGUCAAGCUCCCCGCUCAUUUGCCGGUGAAAGUCACGUCACUCAGUGGAAAAUCAACAAAGUACCUCGUUAUUGGGCCUGGAAAGUAGUAAGGCCAACAGCCACUGAACUCCAACUCUGGAAUGUAUAUUUUCGAAGCACUUGGCUUUUGUUUUUGGGAUAACAGGCUGAGCUUUGGCAACCAUAAACAUAGCCAGCCACACAUCUAUAGCGAGCUGAAAGAUAAAAAAAAUAAACAAAAAAACAUGAGCUGGUUUAUAAUGUGCAGACAAAUACAUUGCAAAUGUAUACAUUAGCGGAUCAAUUUACAGUGUAAGACUCGUACUUUCAUUCUCAAAGUACAAUGUUGCGCUCAUGACGGUUUAGUGUCCUGAACCCGGCAAACCGCAUGCACUUCGAAUCUGGGUGAUGCGGGUGAAUUUGGCUUUGCAGUACUCAAUUUAAACGUUAGCCGGCAGUGUGCCAUAUUGUUACUUUAAGGUCAAUCUGACUCUUCAUUUGGGACCAGUGCAGUGGAGAGAAUGUGAUGAGGAGUAUAUGUCGUGUUGAUCCAGUCCAAAGUAAAGUUGGCCUCUGAAGGCCAGGUCUCUGGUAAGGGCACAAGGAAGUGCACAGUCGCUCCCACAGCCAGAAGUGCAACUGCUGCAAACACAGUGAGGCCUCGCCUGAGGAUCAGCUGGGUAGUGGAGAGACGGACACCCUUCAGCUGGACCACAUGUCCAUCCUGUCUCUCCGUGUUCCCGUCAUGGCACUCGGGGCCCACAGACAUGUAGCCAUCUACUGGCUUGGGAGACAGACAUUGACCAUUACUUUAUUUUGUUAAGUCAUAUGGAAAAAGAACAAUGUCAAAGGACAGCAAAAACUUAAUAAUAGAAAUGCCAAUUGACAAGAUAAAACAAGCUAUGAAAAUAAAUGUAGAUGUUUUGUUGUUACAGGCCGCUUACGUUCCCAUGGCUCGCUGUCUGGUCAACAGUGUUGUGACCCGCAGCGUCUGACAGGACAGCUGUGCUUAAUAAAGUCAUGGGAGUGUUUUUCUGUGCUCGGUUUAAAGCCUGCAAACAAAUACAAACAAAAGCUAAACCAAUGUCUAAUUCCUCAGAUCCUUACAUGCAGCAAAUAGCUUUUGAAAGUCCAGAUUCUGAGGCCCUGCUGAGCAUACCUCCUCUGUGAUUCUCUCCCAGUUUAGCUUAAAGAUGACAGUGAUGUAGAAGGUGGAUAGUAAAAUGAUACCAAUGAGGAGUCCCAGCCAAAAACCUGCAAUUAUUCAGUUAAGUGCAGAGCAGGCUUUCCAUGAAAAUAAAAACCCUUCUCUUUGGAAAUUAAAAACAACACAUCACUUCAUACAAUUACCUAAAAUUCUCAGUUUUGUAACAAACGUUAAAGUAACGCUUAGUGGAAGUCCUAUGCAGUAGUACCCAAUAAAAUUGCCCAUGGCUGGUAUCUUCUGUUUGCCCGUGCCCAAGAAGAUGCCAGAGCACACGCACUAGGAUGUAAAGAGACAGAUCUCUAAUUAUUAUGCAGUCUCACUCCAUUGGCCACCAUUUACUAACUCCUGAGUUAAACAUUUAUAUAUUUGGCCCAUUCAACAUGCAAAUAUAUUUGCUGUGCUUACAAGAAGAACUGUUGUACUCACCAUAAGAGCAUCGAAGAACUGAAGGAAACAGUAUGCAUUCAUCAAGUGUGAAACCAGACCUAUGAUCUUCCUGUAAUAGGAUUUUAUAAUUGGCAUCUAUUUUUUUAUUCCAAUCUUUGCAAUCAUAGUUACUGAAAGACAGUGCAGCUGCAGAGACUCACUCAUCAGAGGUGAAGAUGAAGCCAAUCACUGUUUUAGUACAGCCAAGCACAAUACCUUCAACAACUGCCAUGCUACCUGGGAAAAAAGUGGAUGUAAAGAAAUCAAACAUCAAAUGCUGAUUUAUUGAUUUCGGCUACAUCAACACAACAUGUUUAGAACUGACCUGCAAGAGCGAGUGACAACUUGCAGGUGAGGAUGGCCCUGGCAGUGUCUCCGGCACCGAGAGCAUUACCCACACGGGCGCAUGCUGCAGCUUGAAUACCAAGAGGGAACUGUGGAUUCAU